GGAGGCUUGGAAGAAAGAAGGGGAAGGGAGAAGGAAGAGGCACACGCCCCAGAUCGCCUCCACAGAAGAAAAUCCGGUACGCGAGGCCGCAGCCGUACGCACCCACAACCCGUCCGGCCGCGCCCUUCCCCGGCCGCUUCUGGCUCCUCUUCCAUUCUUCCCUUCCAUCUCCAUGGCCGUGGGGAGUGGGCCGUGCUUGCUCGCCGUGGCGCUUCUCGCCGCCGCUUGGAUCUCCGACGCUUCGUCAUCGGAUAAGCAGGCAGACAGCAGCCAGCAAUAUGUCAACUGCAUGCCUUGCUCUAGGACGUACAUUGCUGACGCAUAUGUCGAUGCCUUGACGAGCCAGCUCUCUGAGCAUCGUGAAUUGACCGAAGUACGUGAUACCGCCGACUUGUGUAAAGGACUUGCUGAUGAACUUGAUGUGCCUACGCUUUCAGAAGUGAAUCGUCAGCUGGUUGGCGAAGGUUCCCACCGCCGCUUGAUCUAUUCUAUCAAAUUUGGUAACUCCAAAGAUGCCAUGGUACAAUUCCUUGAUGGUUACGAUGCCAAUCUGGUGAUACUUGAAAAGCUCCCGAGUGGUGUAUUUGCUGACCCAUUUGAGCUGCAGCACUUUGUUGAGCGGAAAGUUUUUCUCGAUGUUGCUGUUUUUGGAGACACGAACCUUGAACUGCCCUCCGCUCUGUCCAACCGGUCAGCUGUUGAGAUUCAUUUUGAUCUCAAGCCAAGCACAUCGAUGGACUAUAACCUUGUAAUAGAGCUUCCUCUCCAUGCUAGAUAUCCACCUCUUGAUGCCAGCGGUUACGCAACGGUUGAGUUCGGCAGCCCAGACCUGCUCCUCCGUUACAGGAGAAAGGAAACCCGUCCUGAUCCCUGUGUGUGGGCCCUCCAGAAUCUCCACGCCACGCCUGUGGAGAAAGCCGCAUGGCGCAUACCCUGUGGCGACGAAGCGCACACGGGAUUUGUAUCUAGCCUCACUUUCAUUUCAGCUCUGGUUUGCUCCAUGUCCAUAGUCUUAGCAGCUUCCCUAACUCCUUGAUACAAGUACCGGAAACGCAGGACACGGUGCAAUUGAUAUAGUCAGCAGAAAUGCCUUUUUUGUCGCAAGACUUAUGCACAUCAUUUCGUGCGUACUUUUACGCGUCAUUUGCAAAAAGAAAAAGGAUGAAAAAUUCAAUUUCGUAUUCGGGACGUGAUCCAGAUCUGAAAUUCUGAAGCCACACUGUUCCGUGAUACCAUAUCUUUGAGGAAGCCAGGUAGAGGCAGUUGAAGAGCGUCAGCUGCAUGAUUGGUGUGACCUUGUCCUGUUGUCACUGCACGCUUAUAACUAACCGACGGGCAGAGGAAGGGGGGUCGUCCUGGAAGAAGAAUAAGAGGAUGUGUUGCAGGCUGAAGCGAGCACUUGUGCUGAGUGGAUCCGCUGGACAGGGCCUCCAUGAAGCCUCUCUGCACUUCACCUGAUCACCUCCCUUAUUUUACUACUUGUGCCGAGGGCUUCUUCUAUUAUAUAUUUAUAUAAAGGGAUCUUGUAUGACUUUCCAAGCGAUUUUCCGGUAUAAAGAUUGUUUGAUCUUUUAAGA